GUCAUGCUUCCUUACGUUGUUUAGAGAAAAUGUAUUGGAAAUCCAGAAGCCUUUCCUAACUGCUGAAAAUAUGUGUUUGACCUUUUCUAGGUCAAAAACAACACAAGACUCAUUGAUCCUUGAGAAGUCUCAAAAUUGGAGUUCCCAGAAAAUGGAUCAUAUUUUGAUUUGUUGCGUUUGUCUUGGAGAUAACAGUGAAGAUGCUGAUGAAAUAAUCCAGUGUGACAACUGUGGAAUAACAGUACAUGAAGGUUGCUAUGGUGUUGAUGGAGAGAGCGACUCUAUCAUGAGUUCAGCUUCAGAAAAUUCCACUGAACCUUGGUUUUGUGAUGCAUGCAAAUGUGGUGUCACACCUAGUUGUGAAUUGUGUCCUAACCAGGAUGGGAUCUUUAAGGAGACGGAUGCAGGCAGGUGGGUCCAUAUUGUUUGUGCCCUCUAUGUUCCAGGAGUGGCAUUUGGAGAUAUUGACAAACUGCGGCCAGUAACACUUACAGAAAUGAAUUAUUCAAAGUAUGGUGCCAAGGAAUGCAGUUUUUGUGAAGAUCCUCGUUUUGCCAGAACUGGUGUAUGCAUUAGUUGUGAUGCUGGGAUGUGCAGAGCUUAUUUCCACGUGACCUGUGCUCAGAAGGAAGGCCUCCUCUCAGAAGCAGCAGCAGAAGAGGAUAUAGCUGACCCUUUUUUUGCUUAUUGUAAACAGCAUGCGGACAGGUUAGACAGAAAAUGGAAGCGGAAGAACUACUUGGCAUUACAAUCUUACUGUAAAAUGUCCUUGCAGGAAAGAGAAAAACAGCUCUCGCCAGAAGCUCAGACUCGAAUCAAUGCCAGGCUUCAGCAGUACCGUGCCAAGGCAGAGCUGGCCCGCACCACCAGGCCUCAGGCCUGGGUUCCCAGGGAGAAGCUACCACGACCACUUACCAGCAGUGCUUCAGCCAUACGUAAGCUUAUGCGCAAAGCUGAGUUAAUGGGAAUUAGUACAGACAUUUUUCCAGUGGAUACUUCGGAUACUAGUUCCAGUGUUGAUGGAAGAAGAAAACAUAAACAACCAGCUCUCACUGCUGAUUUUGUGAAUUAUUACCUCGAGAGAAAUAUGCGCAUGAUUCAAAUCCAGGAGAAUAUGGCUGAACAGAAGAACAUCAAAGAUAAAUUAGAAAAUGAGCAAGAAAAGCUUCAUGUGGAGUAUAAUAAGCUGUGUGAGUCCUUGGAAGAACUACAAAACCUGAAUGGAAAACUGCGAAAUGAAGGGCAGGGCAUUUGGGCUUUGCUGGGUAGAAUCAUUGGGCAGAAAUUGAACAUACCAGCGAUUUUACGUGCUCCAAAGGAAAGGAAACCAAGUAAAAAGGAAGGAGGGACACAAAAGACAUCUACACUUCCGGCCGUACUUUAUAGUUGUGGAAUUUGCAAGAAGAACCAUGAUCAACACCUACUGCUACUGUGUGAUACUUGUAAACUCCAUUAUCAUCUUGGUUGCCUGGAUCCACCUCUUACAAGGAUGCCAAGGAAGACCAAGAACAGUUACUGGCAAUGUUCAGAGUGUGACCAGGCAGGUAGCAGUGAUAUGGAGGCUGAUAUUGCCAUGGAAACCUUACCAGAUGGGACCAAACGGUCGAGGAGGCAGAUUAAGGAACCAGUGAAAUUUGUUCCUCAGGAUGUACCGCCGGAACCGAAGAAAAUUCCAAUCAGAAACACGAGAACUAGAGGACGAAAACGAAGCUUUGUGCCUGAAGAAGAAAAACCUGAGGAACGGAUCCCCAGAGAAAGAAGACAACGACAGUCUGUUCUGCAAAAGAAGCCCAAGUCGGAGGAUUUAAGGACUGAAUGUGCUACCUGCAAAGGGACUGGAGACAACGAAAAUCUAGUCAGGUGUGAUGAAUGCAGGCUUUGCUACCAUUUUGGCUGUCUAGACCCUCCCUUAAAAAAGUCUCCUAAACAGACUGGCUAUGGGUGGAUUUGUCAGGAAUGUGACUCUACAUCCUCCAAA